AUGCUGUCACAGAGACCAGACACUCAAGAAGACCCAACCAAGAAUCGCCACGGACCCGAGUCUGCAGAGAUGUACAGCUACAUUGACAGCGCCGAGGACAAAGAGCCUCUAUUGGGUGGAGCUGUGAUAACACCUGCUACGUGGGAGUCAGCAAGGACCUGGAGGAACUGCAUGCUCAGUGCCUGGACAGGAACAGAUAGGAAUCCUCUUGUGAUCUCCAUGAUUGCAUUAGAAGAGAAGAAAAAAAAAAUAUGGUUGAAACUAGGAAAGGAGCAACAGCAUCAGCAGCACCAGCAAAAGGCCAAGUUGGCUCUGGGACUCCUGGCCCCAUGGACAAAUUGGGAAACUGAAGCUUGGAAUGAUGAUGAGCCUUGCUCAGUGUCACGUGACAAGAAUACGGGGCGAAGUUCUCGCUAUGAGGAGGAAACUAGAAGAGCAAUACUUUGUGCUGAAACCAGAUUCAGACUCCAGAAGAACCUCGAAGGAGCCAGGCGGCAUUGCAGAAUCUAUGGAAGCCACAGCCUCACAGAUGGCACUCAGGACGUGAAGCCUCAGCGCCAGCGAAGCCAGGAUGCCACUGGUUUCCUCAGCCUGGGAGUCGAUGAGGAGUGGGAAACACUGCAUGAAGCGAAGCCUGUGGAGAUGUCGCUAAUCAGAGAAGAAGGAGAAGAGGAAAAGGGUACACAGCCCAAACCUGAGCAGGGAGCAGCAUCAGGAGGAGAAAAAGAGAUAAGAGCUGAAGAAGAAGCCGAAGAAGGCAGCGACGGUGGCCCGGAUGGCCCAUGCGCCCCAGGCGCCAUGAACGACGAAAACCACGAGGCCAGCGACGAUAGUGGCGGAGAACCCGGAGAGCAGAGGCAGGAAGAACAGCCCCUUCAGGCUAUCGUCCAGCGUCAACAGCCAAGGGACAGGGAGCAGGUGGUCCAGCGCCCCAUGUUCACCCUGGUCCAGGUGCAAGAGCUAGAGCGCAUUUUCCGUUUCAACGCCUAUCCCAACUUGUUUAUGAGACAGGAGAUUGCGAGACGUAUGAAUAUGCCUGAAGCUAGAGUGCAG